CCCCAAGGUGGCCUCUAGAGCCCGCCCAAACACUGACCGUCGGAACCGCCUCGAGGCGGAGGAGACGGGAAAGCACUUCCGGGAAACGGCCGGCCGCAGAGCCAAGCACUUCCGGUGCAAGGCACAGGCAGGUGGUUCGGAGGUUAGCGGACUCGCAGUUUUGCAGCUAGGAUGCCACACAUCAACCUGUCGUUUGCAGCGUGUGGGUUUCUGGGCGUUUACCACUUGGGGGCAGCAUCGGCACUUUGCAAACACGGCCGAAAGCUGCUGAAGGAUGUCAAGGCCUUUGCCGGAGCUUCUGCGGGAUCCUUGGUUGCUUCAGUUCUCCUCACGGCGCCGCAGAAAAUAGAGGAGUGUAACAAGUUUACCUAUGAUUUUGCCGAAGAAAUCCGAAGGCAGUCUUUCGGGGCACUAACACCUGGCUAUGAUUUCAUGGCCCGACUAAGGAGCGGAGUGGAGUCGAUUCUCCCCGCCAACGCGCACGAGCUGGCCCACGACCGCCUGCACGUCUCCAUCACCAACACCAGGACCAGGCGGAACUGCCUGGUCUCCCGCUUCCCCUCCAGGGAGGACCUCAUCCAGGUCCUGUUAGCCAGCAGCUUCCUGCCCAUCUAUGCAGGGCUGAAACCAGUGGAGUACAAAGGGCAGAAGUGGGUGGACGGAGGCUUCACCAACAGCCUGCCCGUCCUGCCCGCUGGCCGCACGGUGACCAUCUCCCCAUUCAGUGGGCGCCUGGACGUCUCCCCGCAGGAUAAAGGGCGGCUGCAUUUCUACGUUAGCAUCACCAACCAGGACGUACUGAGACAGAAACUCGCCACUGGUCUCAGAAGGAGGCGUCUGAUGCUUCAUCGCAAGUUUUGUGCAGCCUCGAGGGAGGAUCCGCACUUGAACUUGAUAAUUUCAACACCCUGAAGCCGAAGCCAAGUGUACGAGCUUCUCUGGGAUCAUUCCUCAUGUUGCACCAUCAAGUUGUCAGCUUAGCAGCUGUGCAAAUCCCUGCCCGGCACGUGGCGAACUGGAUGCAUGAAUGGAGUUGAACGGGUUCUCUGCUUUUACAGCCUGACAACUGGUUUGCCAGCGGAGUUAAGAUUACUUGCCGGCUACAACCAGCUCUCUGCCAUUCUCAUCAGGGAUUUCCAACGUUCCCUGAAUGCCACCUUCCUCACUUGGCGAACCAGCUUUUAUAAAACCAGCUCUGCUCCAUUCUCUUCAGAAAUUUCCAAAGCUCCCUGAAUAUGACCGUCCUUAUUUGGUGACCGAAUACCUGUGAUAAGUCAUUUCAGUCGUGUCCAACUUUUUCAGACCUCAUGGACUGCUACUCCCCGCCCAAGGCUCCUCAGUCCAUGAGAGUCUCCAGGCAAGAAUACUGGAAUGGGUUUGCAUUUCCUUCUCCACCAAUAGCUAUAUGUGCUUAUUUUAUGUACAUGCAUAUAUAUAAAUUUUAAAAAUGUAAAAAUUUCAUGAAACAGUACUCUCACUAUAUGUACUUCUUUCUGAUAUUUUUAUUGCAUAUUAUUAAAAAAACAUUGUCAUGGCAUUUAAAUGAUUUCAGAACUGCUAAUGAGUCAGGAUCUAGAGUUUGAAAACGUUAUUAUAACCCGAUAUGACAACAGAGUCACUGAAGUUCUCAAUUUGUGUUUAAAGUGCCUUUUUAAAAAAUAAUCAGCCUUCACAUACAGCAUGGCAGAAUACAUAAUUCAUACUGUUCUUAAAAUGCUUGUUUCUCCUCUCAGCAUAAGUUAGUAAAUAUAUUUUAUUUAACCUGGCACUUAGUCACUCAGUCUUGUCCGACUCUUUGUGACCCUCAUGGACUAUAACUGACCAGGCUCCUCUGUCCAUGGGAUUUUUCAGGCGAGAAGUACCAGAGUGGGAUGUCAUUGCCUUCUCCAAAUCACGCCUUAUGACUACAGAACAUCAGACAGAGCUCAUUUCUACUCCAAAACCACAGUAAUUUUCUAUUAAUGUUUUAAUUUUAUUCCCCUGCUGUGACA